AUGUAAUUAAAAUCUAUGACUAGUGAUAAAUAAGCAAAUAAAACAACUGGAUUGGGUUCAAGUAGAAUAGAUUAUUAAAGAUUUAAUACAGCUAAGUUGAAAUCUUUGGAAUCUAUUAUUUCAGAUAAAAAUAAUAAAUAAGUUUUAUAACCAUUAGGCAGAAAAGAUGUAUUAUUAAUUGAUACAUUUAGUACAGUAAAUUAAAAUGCUAUAGGACUAUUUAUAAGAAAAAAUAAAUGAAUAUUCUUAGGUUGAGAAAAAAAUUGAACUUUAUAAAAAGGAAGGAGAUCAAAUGAAUGAUUAUGUAGAAGAUCUUAUUAAGGAGUACUGUCUUCAAUUAGUACGUCAAGGUAAAAAAGAAAAUUUAAAUGAUAAUUAAAUAAAAGAAUUGCAAGAAAAGAAAUAACAAUUAAAAUAGGAAACUAUACAGCUACAUAAUAUGAAUAAAGUUUAAUAUUUUGAAUUAGAAGUUUAAUAAGGAUUGAGCUUAAAGUUGAAUGCAUAAAAAUAAUAACUAAAGAAAAAAAUAUAACUUUUUGAAGAAUAUUAUAAAAAGACUGAGUAAAAGAUUAGGUAAAAAUAGCCAAACCUUGAUUUUAAUGAGAUGCCCAAAGCAUAAAGAAAUAAGUUGAAACCAAGUGCUGUGGCCAUCAUUUAAAAGACUCCGGAUGAAAUUUUAUAAGAAAAAACCUUGUUAAUUGAUGAAUAUACAAAAAAGAUAGAAUAGUUGACAUUCUAAAUAUAAGAAAUAACAAGAACUUGUAUUUUGGAGAAAUAAGAAUUAAUAAAAAAGAUAUAAGACACAAAAGAAGAGUAAUUAAAAUUAAGUGAUAAAAUCUUAAACUUAAAAUUGAGAUUAAACAAGUUUGAUAAACUAGAACAAUCUCUAACCAGUGAUAAGUGUAUUUCUGAUAUAAAAUCUAAUGAUACAGAACAUUCAUAAUAAAAAUAAUAAGAAUUGAUCAUAUGA